CGUUGCCUUUUAAUACCCACAAGUCUUUGCAACUUCCUUUCCGACAUUUCUCGGGCAGAAUGGCUCCUAACAAGAAGGGCGGUGAGAAAAAGAAGGGGCGUUCUGCCAUCAACGAGGUUGUGACCAGGGAGUACACCGUCAACAUCCACAAGCGCAUACAUGGCGUGUCCUUCAAGAGGAGGGCACCUCGUGCUCUCAAGGAGAUCCGCAAGUUUGCCAUGAAGGAGAUGGGAACCCCUGAUGUACGCAUCGACACUCGCCUGAACAAGGCUGUAUGGACCAAGGGUGUGAAGAAUGUCCCAUACCGUAUGCGUGUGCGCCUGUCAAGGAAACGCAAUGAAGACGAGGACUCUCCCAACAAACUAUACACCCUCGUCACAUACGUUCCUGUCACAACAUACAAAGGUCUGCAGACGGUCAAUGUGGAUGAGAACUAAUUAUUCACUGGUGUUGAAAUAAAUGUAUAAAAUAAA